GAAUAUAUACAUAUGGUCAUAAACUGUAAAUCUUACAGGGUGUAUUUACAAAUACUUCAAAACGAUUUCAUUUUGAAUUUGUUUGAUUCCUGUAAAACAUUAAUUAAACUUUCUGACGCCGAGUCCAUACAACUAAUUAAUUAAUUAAACAGUUUUCUUCACAAAUAUUUAAAAUGGUAGCAUAGCAUAUAUACUAAAUAUGUACAUAUGGUCAUAAAACUUGGAAAACAAUAAGGUGUAUUUACAAAUAUUAAAACAACUUGAAUUUGUUUAAUUCCUUCAACAAAAAACUUUCGUAAGCAUUCAAACAUUAAACUUAAAUUAAACUUUCUGACACCUUUAAUUUAAUCUUUAAUUUGUUUAAUUCCUGUAAAGCAUUAAUUAUAAACUUUCUGACGCCAAAUCCACACAAUUAAUUUUAUUUCAUAGCUUUCUUCAUAAAUACUUAAAAUGUCGCAACUCCUCCCAAUUCCUCGCGCCCCCAAAAAUCCGACGCGACCUUGGACCUACGACACAAACUCCGGCGGUCCACUCGAUUUUGAUAAAACAAUUUACAAAACUCUCAUGAGCACUUCCAGAUCCUUGCACAAACUCGUCAACAAAUUCGAAAUUCCGAUCCGCACUGGACAAGCAUGGGAAGUCAAGCAAGGUCAAAUAUGUCGAAUUCUUACCGUUGGUGGACCUCAAGUGGGUGACCUAAACCUUUGGAAUUUACACGAUCCUCGGGAACGAAUGUGGGCAGCAAAAACGAGACAAUUGCAACGCUCCCAUAUUUCUACGUUUGAUCGAAUUUGGUCAACUUUACCGUUUCUGAGACCAAUCGUUACAAUUCUUGGGGACACUUUGGCCGAUUAUGGGAUUGAUGAGGAUAGCGGAAGGUGUCAUGACCUGCUCGGUACCCGCUGUGACCCUUACGUAAAUCGACUCUUGACCGGACAGGAUUUCGACUUUUCCUGCCACUCCAAUUUAGUUCGUGCCGUGAUGCCGUAUAAACUCACGGAAUUCGAUGUCCACGAUGUGCUCAAUGUCUUUCAAAUUACGGGGCUUAACUCGGACGAUCGCUACUUUAUGAAAAGUUGUCCAGCCAGGGAGGGAGAUUAUUUCGAAUUUUUUGCCGAAAUUGAUUUACUUUGUGCCCUGUCGACAUGUCCAGGGGGAGAUUUGUCACAGCCACUGUGGGGACCAGGAUCUGAGGACGCGGAUAAAAACCCGCUCGAUGUCUGCAAUCCACUCGGAGUUGAAGUUUAUGACGUCGACAAGAAAUAUUUAGAGGGCUGGAAACCUCCAAUCUCGCCAAAAUAUGGAGGAAAUCACGGAAUUACUUUGAAAAAGUGGAAUAAUUGAUGAUAAAAUAAAUUAACCGAUUUUUAAAAGAA